UUAUUCGGCAGCGCAGACGGGCGUCGGGCAGCGUCGCGCCAUCCGUGCGAGCAAGCGGGCAGCCAUGUGGCUGCUGAUAGCGCUCCUCGCGCCGACGAGCCACGCAGCCAUUAAGGUAGACAAGAAGCUCGAGGGCGAGUAUGGGUUGAGGUGCAGCGAGUGCGUUCUAACAGCACACCACGCGCAGUACACGAUCAAGGACCUCCUUUUAAGGGACGAGCGCUGGAGCGCACACAAAUGGCUUGAUCAAUUAUAUGCGGCCUGCGAGCGGCGGCAUCCCGAUGAAAGGCCCAUGUGUUUCGUGUUUGCGCGGCAGCACGGCGAUAUUGUUGCGCGAGAACUCGUCGAGCUCGUCGAGGACGCUGAUAGUACAGAAGACUCAACAAUAGCGACGCCGGACGCCGUGGCCAAGGCCCUCUGCGCCCACGACGGCUUGACCGGCGUGUGUCCGAAGAACGCGCACGCCUUCCGAGCGAAAGCCGCAGGCACGUCGAACAGCGAGACGCAAAUCGCGGUCCGGAACGCGCGGAAAGUCGGGCCCGUCGAGGUCCACGAAAUAGACAUAAAUCUGGUGGAUAGGGAGGGCUGCGCGCCGUCGGAAAUCGAAGGCACCGACGCCCUGGUCUACGUCGUGCGGCCCGGCGAGGAGGCCUUGGUCGUAACUUCAAAGCGCCAGCCGCGCCCCGGCGACGCCGCGGACUACUCGCAGACGUAUCUGCGCAUCAAGCCCCAAUUCGCGCCCUGCGGCGACGGCACGGACUACUACGUAGAUCGGUCGCGGCGCUUCUGGGCGGUCGACGUCUCUGACUCGCGUGAUUUCGACGAGGCCGCGGCCCGGUCGGAGACGAACCGGCCGCUCCGCGUCGACGCCGCGACGGCCCGCGCGCCCGCGGAUCCGCUCCCCGCGGGCCUCCCGCCCCGUAAGAAGAAGCGGCGGCGGCGGGAGCUCUAA